AUGGCUCCCAAAGACUGGACUUCCACUGUGGGACGGAGACCCAGCUAUCGACUAUGGGGGCUCCUCGCCCUGGCGUUCAUUCUCAUCUUCUUCAUAACACCUGUCGACAAGCUCCGCUCUCUCCGGCCAGAGUCGCUGAAGGAGCUCGAAAACUACUCCUACAAACUGCCGGAAGCGUUGCACCCACAGGACUCGGUUGGAGAUGCUGACCAGGCUCGGAUCGGGCUGGUGAGCAUGGCUUACGGCAAUGACACCGCUGUGUACGAUCGGGCCAUCGAGUCUCACGCCCGCCAUGCCGCUCGCCACAAGUAUCCGUUGUUUGUGCUACGGAGAGAAGUGGCCGAGGGAUACUGGAGCAAGACUCUUUAUCUGAUUUCGCUUUUGAUCCAGGAGCUUGCCAAACCCGAGAGCACCCGCCUGGAGUGGCUGAUGUGGUUCGACGCCGACAGCGUCGUCCUGAACCGCGAGAUCCCGCUGGAAGUCUUCGUUCCAGACAAGUCGGAUGCUGCAUUCGACAACACCAACGUGGUCAGCGCCCACGACCAAUGGGGGAUGAACACAGGCAUCUUUUUCACCCGCGUGCACCCUCGGUCGGUCGCCAUCUUGACCAAGGCUUUCGGCUACCCAACCUGGAGGCCGGAAGAAGACCUCCAGCAUGCCUACGACCAAAGGGCGCUCGAUCUGACCAUCUGCUCCGCCGAGUUCCAGCGCAACGUCCUGUGGGUGCCCCGGCCCUUUUUCAACGCUCGCCAUGAAGAGGUCGUCCCCGGCACCAUGUUUGUCCAUUUCUACUCCGACACCAAACGGCCCGAGCAUAUGCAGGAGUGGCUGGAAAAGGGCGAGACCGGUCGAGAUGCCGACAUGCAAAUCCCCUACAAUGAGUCUUAUUAUCCCGCCCAGGUCGACCAGUUCUGGUCCACCGCCCGGGAGUGUCGCAGCCUGGUGCAGCUCGGCCAGGACUCGAUCAAAUCCGUCCAAGACCAGACCCUCCGCAAAGUUCUCCAGGAGAACCUGGCUCGUCUGGAGAGUGCGUGUAUUUGGAAGACUGAAGAUGUUGCCAAUCUGAAGGUCAUCAUUGACGAAGUGAAGCUUGCCACCCACUGGUAA